AUGACUUUAAAAUACAAUGACUGCAGCAGCAAGCAGCUCCACAUCACCUCUGUUUGCUGCCUAUUUAGGGCCGAUUUUCUCAUCAGCUUCGGGGAGGAUCGGACUGUGAUUGUUGGUUUCCAGGGGGCGGGCGUGCGGGCGGGGUCCGGGCGGGCAGCGGCGGGGAGCCCGGGGCGACGGCGGUCCGGUGCGGCGUCCCUCCGGCUCCGCGGCGGCGGCGGCGGCGGCGGCGCCUCUAGGCCUCACGAGCUGAUCGGGGAUUGGCGGCGGGAGGGGGCGGAGAAACAGGAGGGGUGGGAAGAGCGGAGGUCGAGGAUUGGGCCGAGGCCUGAGGGACCCGGAUGCAGCCGCGAUCUCCGGCCGCGCCGCUGCCGCUUCCGCCGGGCGGCCGGGUGCGGGCUCGCGGUGGCGGUCGCUGCCUCCGCUAGGCCGAACAGGAGCGCUUUAAAGAACCCGGGAGGCGUGCGGCCGGCAGCGCCGCGGGCUGGGCUUGCGCGCCGUGCGGAGGCUUUGGGCGGCGGUCGUCUUCCCUCAGGAUUCCCAGAGCAAGGGCGGGGCAGCCCCCCUGAGCCUCGAUCUCGCAGCCCUCAGCGACUAGCGAGGCCGGCUCAGGACGGGACCCCGCGCUGCGUAGACGGGAGAGCCGGCUCCCGCACCUGUGCGCCGCUGCACGGGGGUCCCUGGGAGCCCGCGGUGCCACCCCGCCGCUGCACGGGGGUCCCGCGGUGCCACCCCGCAGCCGCUCCGGGCGGGAGGCCUGGCUCCGACAUCCGACCCCGGGCCCGGGCCGAGCGCCCCGUCGCCCGCCGUCCUUUUCCCUCGACGACGAGUGACGAGCUGUUUCGAGACGAGUCGGCACCCUCGGCGAGCCCUAGGCCAAGUGGAGCGUCGCCAGCGAAUGUUCUUGGCUUCUCUGUCUAUUCGAAUGCACGCUACACACAUCUUUUCAGGGAAGAAAGUUUUAAUGUGAAUCACGAACGUCAGAGUAGCAUUUGUUCAAAACUUGCAUAAUUGGGGGGGGGAGCACUUAAAAAAAUAAGCAUUAUUCAUAUCGCUCAUCUUAGUGUACGUCUUCCCAGUGGGUUUGGUUUUUUGUGUUUAUUUAUUUAAUUUCUGAUCAUCUGUGUCGUUCUGUAACCUAGGUUUCCCCCUCGGCAGCACAUCAUGAUAUCCACACAGUUAGGGAGUCGGGACUGUAUUAAAAUAAAAGUAUUUACCAUGAGUACAACUGACAACCAACAAAACGCAUUUGUGUUCUCGAUUCUGUUCUUUAGCUCUCAGGUAGUGCCGAUUUCCGUGUACACUGCCAGAAAUGGCUCUUAGGUGAAAAAUAAAUAAAUAAUUAUUUUGUGCCAUGAAAGAUAAAAAUAUCCCUGCCUUGGGAAUGCGGAACGGGAAGAUGACUUCCAUGAAGCAGGCUCCCCCUGCUGACUUCAGGUGAUUGGCUGCUGCGCUGGUAUCACUCCUGUUGGUUUUGACUCUGAGCAAGUUCAUUACCACUAAGCCCUGAAGACUGGAAUACGGGACUAGUUCUGCCUUCAAGAAACUUCCAUUUCGGGUCUCCGCUUCCCGUACAGUCUUCAUGAAAGUUCAGUGUCCCAGCCAAGCAGAACUGGUUCCUGCAUCUCGGGAUAAAAAUGCAGACUUAAAACCAAGGAAGAUUUUCAAGCCAACUCAAUUUCCCUUGGCAACAGUUGAACCGUUAAGAAAUAGUGCACGUUUGAAAUGCUCACAGCUGUUGCUUAGAACAUUUCACAUUUUGUAGAGUGGAGAUUUUGCUUGCAAAUUAUGGAUCUCUCUAAAGACAAUUCAUUUCAAAGUCAUUGCAUUUUUGAUAAAAAUGGCUGAGCAACUGAAAUGAGCAGGCCUUUUUUCAAGGGAAACAUCCUUGCUUACGUGAGAAACUGUUCUCUGGACUCGUAAUUUCUGCAGAAGGACAGUGCCUCCCAGGAGUGUGUAUACUCCAAAGAUAGUGCAAGCCAGCCCAUUGGGGAUGCAGAAGAAAACAUUCAGACAUCUACUUAUGCCUGAUUCUAAUGUAAAAAGAAAGGCAUUAACCUCAACUAAUAUGUUCUAUCCACGAUGGAGGGCCCGGCACUCAGUCCGUGGUGUAGUCCCAUGCCCUCGUGCAACAGAGAUGUCCUCUUCCCAUUCCCAGGAGUUGGCACCGGUCAACAUGUUGAAACAUUACUACAUUCAGUGAAACAGGCUUUCUGACUACAUUAUCUAGAUUUAAUUCGACUCUCGCAGAACAAAUGGUUGUGUAAGAAUCCUCUGCAAAGAAGCCACAGGAGAACAGCAAGCAAAUGACAGAACCGGCUCUUUGAGUAUCACAUCUUUAAAAAAAAAAAAAUUAUUUAUUUAUCUGAAAGAGUUACACAGAGAGAGGAGAGGCAGAGAGAAAUGUCUUCUAUCACUCCCCAGUUGGCCGUAAUAGCAGAGCUGAGCUGAUCUGAAGCCAGGAGCCAGGAGCUUCCUCUGGGUCUCCCAUAUGGGUCCAGGAGCCCAAGGACUUGGGCCAUCUUCUACUGCUUUCCCAGGCCAUAGCAGAGAGCUGGAUCGGAAGUGGAGCAGUCGGGACUCAAACUGGCGCCCAUAAGGGAUGCUGGCACUGCAGGGUCCCAGGUGUCACAUCUUUGACAAUCACUUUCAAAAUUCAAAUGGCAACCUUAUCAACCAAAUUCUCAUUAGGAAAACAAUAAAACUAUCAGGAGGACAAUUUGAAAUGUAGAUGCGCGUCCAUUAUCAACAAUGAACUUCACCCUGUGUAUACUAACUGUAACAAGCUAAGGACAGGAGCACCUGUAUACCCUUUAAGAACAAAUAUAUUUGGAAGAAUUUGUCCCAAAAAAAUAGACCAAAGGGAAAGCAUUAUCAAAAAAGCUGGACUGCUACUCCAGAUAAUAAGGAAAGAAAUACAUCAAUAGCCAACCGGGAGGCCAAACACAAGUGACAAAACACAGUUCAUGGAUAUCAGAUGAAAGCAUACACUUCCCAGAUAUCAAAGCCGAGCUUAUCGCGGAUCUACUGGCAGGCUGGCCAUGUGAUGAGCCUGGAAGACUCGAACGACAGCUCACUGGUGAACUUAAGAAGGGCUAAGAUAAUAAGCAGAAGCAGCACCAAUGCAAUUCUCAACCAGUAACCAGAGAAGGAAAAGACCUAUGCUGAUAGAUCUUCAUUGGAGGAAGACUGGCCCAAUCCAGUGGGUGUGGGAUGAGGGUACAUGAGCUGAGGCUGGACCAGGGGAAGAGCUGUGAGAAAGCCUAAAACAAGAGCUCCCGUAAAAGGAGGACACACACAGCCAGUGUAGACAAGGGUGUCAGAUUUCUUUGAACCACAUCCACCAGGAAACACCCUCAGCAGAGACAUUUUCCUGGGUCACAAUUUAAAUAUUGCAGUUACAUUUGCAGAUGUGCUUCAUGGAUUGGCAUUUUCUUGCAGAUUUUCAAAUGAUCAAUGUGCAUAGUUGUUGCUUGAGAUUUAUUUGCCAGGGUCAGCUGCAAUCCAGAAAUGACUAUCAGAGGAAGUUUGCUCCAUCCAGAGUCAGAGUCCGAUGUCCCUGAUGGACCAGAGCAGGAAGAGAGGCCUUGUGUUGCAGAUGGGGUAGGACAGUUGGAGAAAAAACAGGGA